CUAAUUAAAGAAGAAGCGAACACAAAGCUAUCAAGUAAUACAGUGGGUGAUCAUUAUAAAUUGACACAUAUCGUUAAAAAGUAUGUUCAUCGCAUCCUCCAUAUGACACCAAAUGAGACACUUGCCUCCAACACUCUCGUAAGCUUGGUUAUAUGACUCUUGGACGCGCCCCACGCGCCCCUCUUUUUUCUCUCAAAUUACGCGACCAAUUUCGUUCUCCUUCACCUUCGCCGAUCUCGGCAUUGGCUCCCUCCAGCCGCUAUGGCUAAAAAGAAAUCCAAAACACCUCCCCGCAGUCUCCCUACUGGACCUGUCAAUUCUCUUUUACCAAACCCAUCUAUAGUACCGCCUGAUUCGUCGAAAUCAGCUGGCUGCUCUUCCUCUCUUUCUAGAUCUGAGAAGUUACCUGAGUCCAACAAAGACAUCGGCUAACUCAGUAGAAUCUGUACCCAGCGCGCCUCCUGCGGUGGCGGCAUUGGCUACCGAAAAUCCUACCCCUACUGCUCCAAUUCCGGUAGUCAACCUGUUGGCGACAACCACUGGCACCAGUCACGAACCGACUAGCGGAACCCCACCCCCUGGUUUACCACCGGCUGUAGCGACCACAACGAUUCCCCUUCCACCUGUCAAGCAAAGCGUGCAAGGGGCCGAUUCUCCUUGGAAGAACCUCGUCAAUGGUAACCAAAUCAAACUGGAGAAGAAGGGUACCCCAUUCACCCUUGACUCCGGUGAAGCCUGUGUGACAAUUCCGAACUCCGUCAUUGAAAAGAAAAAGAAAGCUUGGGAUAGCUUUAUCCUUGGUCAAUUCUAUGAAGAUCCUCCUUCCCGUGGUGCAGUUCAAGCUAUUGUUAAUGAUAUUUGGAGUCGCCAGAGAAAAUAUAUCUCAGUCUCCAAAAUGGAAGGGAAUUAGUUCCUCUUUAGAGUCCUAUGCCUAAAUACCCGCUGACGAAUUCUGAGCCAAAGCCUUUGGCAAAUUGACAGUCAAUCAAUGUUUGUAGCCAAAUGGUCUCCAGAAGUCCAAACAACAAAACCAGAGCUGUCCAUGGUCCCGGUAUGGCUUGAAUUUGUGGGUGUCCCUUUGCAAUUUUUCAAUCGUGAGGGCCUUGAGCACAUAGCAGGACUCGUCGGGCACCCUGUUUGCCUCUACCCGCAUACUGAGAAUCUGAUCAACGUUGAAGUAGCCAAGGUCUAUACUGUCAUCGAUCCGAGGAUACCACUCCCAGAGGCAGUAAAUGCUCAUUUCGAAUCCGGGCUGAUAAAACGGAUACAAGUUUCUAGUCCCUGGUUGCCCUCUCUCUGUAACCAUUGCAAACAGGUGGGCCAUACUGUAUCUCGCUGCUCCAAAGCGCCUGCUACAUGCACCACCUGUGGCUCAGUCAAACAUCUCACUGCAGACUGUCCUAGGGUGAAGAAAGACAAGCGACAGGAGAAACAAUCUAUUGCUAGCCAACUACCUAUCGUUGGUACAAAUCCUCCUGCACCUGCACAAGGACAAAACCAGGCACUCCCCUCACCACAAUCUACUCAACCACUUAUUAUAGCAUCCUCUCCGCUGGACUCUGCUGUAUCUACGGGUACAAACUUCCUUGCGGCAACCAAUGCUACCUCAAGUACGGGGAACAGACAUCAUGUCACCCUCCCAGCCCCCUCAGUGGUAGGACAUUCUCCCUCACGUACUGCUUUGAGGCUUGAUGAAAGGCAGCUUUGCAUUGACUUGAGGGAUAACCUGUUCUCUCAUCUAUCACCGAAGGACGAUGAAACGGCUGAUGAUCCCUCUCAAAUCAAAUCUGACAGCUCUAACAACCUAUCUGAGGACGAUGACAAUCCAGAAGUGGAUGAGGACCGUUUUUUGAAGGUCGUGUCCAAACGGAUGCAGAGGCACAAGCUGCAUAAGGAAAGGGCCGGAGGUCCCAUAAACCUCUAACCCCCAUAUCCAUUUAAGAAUAUUUUUUGUUGGAAUGUAAGAGGUCUUAAUGACCAUGUAAAGCGGAAAAGCAUUCGAAAAUGGCUGAAACUACACCAGCCGCUUUUUGGUGGGAUUCUCGAAACCCAUGUAAGUCCCCUGAACGCGUAAGCUAUAGUAACUAGCGUACUUCCAGGCUGGUAUUUUGUAAAUAACUAUGAGUUCUCAGAACUUGGGAGGAUAUGGAUUGUCUGGCACCCUUCUGUUCAAGUUACCAUUAUCCGCAAAUCUCUGCAGAUGAUCACUUGUCAGAUUAAGCUGUCUUUUGUCUAUCACAACAUUCUUGUCUCUAUAGUCUAUGCCUCGUCUACUUGUGCCUCUGCCAGGAAGGAACUAUGGGAGGAGAUCGAUGACACAGCAUCUGCUACCUCUGCUAUUCCCUGGACUGUUCUAGGGGAUUUCAAUCAAACGUUGUUUCCACAUGAGCACUCCUCGCAAGAUGCAAACCUCACUACUUCAGGAUUCUUGUCAAUGAUGAAUGGAUCACUGGAUUUCCCUCCUCUUUAGCUGUACUUGGGGAACCUGCAUUCUCAGAUCACAGUCCCUGCUGCUUAUCCCUCGACAGUCAUGCACCACAGCGGAAAAAGCCAUUCUAGUUCCUGGUUAUGUUGAAUCAGCACCCUGAUUUCGCCCCUCUCAUCAAGAUUUGGUGGGAUGCAUUAGCUUUCGAUGGAACCAAAAUGUUUGUCAUUGCCAAAAAACUGAAAGCUCUUAAAUCUGUGAUAAGGGAGUUUAGUAAGACCACCUACUCAGGGAUAGAGAAGAGGACUCAAGAGGCGUACCUUCAACUCCUUCACUGUCAAAAUGAACUCCUACCGCUGCCUUCCACUGACUUGAUCAUCUAGGAGAAAGAGGCUCAUAAAGCCUGGUCCCUUCUUGCAAAAGCUGAGGAAUCCUACCUGAGACAGAAAUCACGCAUCUGUUGGUUGGAGGAUGGGGAUACAAACUCAAGAUUCUUCCAUCGCUCCAUCAUUACUAGACAGGGUUUCAAUGAAAUUAUCCUCUUCCUUGAUAACAAUGAUCAGGUAGUAGACUCGAAGCAAGGUAUCCAGUCUCUAGUGGUGGAUUUCUACGAAAACCUCCUAGGCAACCAGACUCAACUCACUACUGCCUCUGUCUCAGAAAUUUCUGAUUUGCUUCCUCAAACAUGCUCUCCAGCCGCUAUACAAACUCUUUUGACCCAUGUAACACCUGAGGAAAUUCGCAGUGUUGUCUUCUCGUUGCCGAAGAACAAAGCUCCGGGCCUGGAUGGCUUUUGUGUCGAAUUUUUCACGUCACAAUGGGACACGGUAGGGAAAUCAGUGGUUGAGGCUGUUCUUGAAUUCUUCAACACUGGAAAGAUGCUCAAACAAUGGAACGCAACAAUUUUGACUCUUGUCCCUAAGGUCCCGAAUGCACAAAGGAUUACUCAGUUUCGACCUAUUGCUUGCUGUAACACCCUCUACAAAAUUGCCUCUAAGCUACUGGCCAAUCGCUUGAAGAAGGUACUACCUGAUCUCAUCUCAAACUCCCAAUCUGCUUUCAUUCAAGGAAGACUGCUGGUUGAGAAUGUACUGCUUGCAACUGAGCUGGUCCAGGGUUUCAAUCAAAAGAACAUACCUCCAAGAGGCAUGCUAAAAAUAGACAUUAUGAAGGCCUUUGAUUCAGUCCACUGGGGUUUCCUAAUCAACACUCUUACAGCAAUGGGGUUCCCCGCUAGGUUCAUCUCCCUGAUCGAUCAAUGUAUAUCUACAACGAGUUUUUCAGCCUCCAUAAAUGGUGAAUUGUGCGGGUACUUUCGAGGAGCAAGAGGACUGCGCCAAGGCGAUCGUCUCUCGCUUUACCUAUUCGUUCUAGCGAUGGAGGUGUUCUCUCAGCUACUAACGCAACACUUCAGCGCAAACAAGAUUGGUCCUCAUCCUUCUGCUUUGUGUCCCCUUGUAUCUCAUUUGACAUUUGCAGACAACAUCAUGGUGUUCUUUGAUGACAAGACAAAUUUUCUAACCCAUAUAGCGGCAGUUCUUCAAGAGUUCUCACGUAUCUCGGGCCCCACUAUUGUCCAAAACUGAACUGUUCUUAGCAGGAGUGACCCAAAUUGAAGCCACACAGAUGGCUUCUCUUGGCUUCAAUAUUGGUUCACUCCCAAUAAGAUAUCUUGGUCUCCCCCUCAUACACCGGAAGCUAAGAUUAGUAGAGUAUAGACCCCUCCUUCAGAACUUAACCAAUCGGUUCUCCUCUUGGUCGUCGCGUGCUUUAUCCUAUGCAGGUAGGCAACAACUCAUAUCAUCUGUGAUAUAUGGCACAAUAAAUUUUUGGAUGUCAGCUUUUAUUUUGCCAAAGGGAUGCAUCAAGAAAAUUGAAACUCUUUGCGCCAAUUUCCUCUGGAGUGGUGAUGUAACCAAGAAAGGCAUAGCAAAAGUGGCAUGGCGAGAUCUUUGUCUCCCCAAAGCAGAAGGUGGUCUAGGCUUCAGAUGCCUUUCCCACUGGAACAAAACAUUGAUACUCAAGCUUACAUGGCGGUUGUUGGCUGCAAGGGACUCCCUAUGGGCUCUCUGGCUGAAAAACAACAAAAUAAAAGAUGGAUGUUUUUGGAAGCUUGACAUCAAGAAGCAUAGUUCCGGGACCUUGAAAUCUAUGCUUAAGCUUCGACAUAUCACUUCUCAAUUUAUGAAAGCAAAUUUGGGGAAUGGUUGUCACCUAAACUUUUGGUACGAUCAUUGGACUCCUUUUGGUCCUUUAAUUGAUUUCAUGGGAGACUCUGGACCAGCCCAAACUUGUAUUCCUUUGCACGGAUCAGUCGCCUCUGCAACCACUAAAACAGGUUGGAACCUCAGACAAGCCAGAUCACCGCAAGCAAAAUCCCUCCAUAUCUACCUCAUAACAAAGUUGGAAAAAAUGUUUCGCUUAUAAGAAUUUAAUUGACACAUUAAUCCAUUACCAUAACGGUUAUUAAACGUAUAUUAUUUAAUUUAGUAGGCAUUAUAGUGAUGUAACUU